CUAAAACUCAGAACGAGGUUUUUAUGUGCAAGUGAGGCUGCAAAACGGAUAUCGUUAUAAAUGCAACAAAUACCGAAGACUGACCGAACGAGAUGAAGUAAGCAAUUAAAAAAACAACAACAAAACUUCAACUCCACAAUGAUCGCCUCUCCUUGCUGCCUCUAAAUUUGUAAAACAUUUGUUUUCCCCCCGAACGUUGGUUCCACGAUGAUCCCCACUCUCUUAGCCUCCAGCCGGCUGGUCCUGCUUCUGCUGCUAGUGGUUUAUCAGCAGUCCGGCUGCAGCCCCAGUCCCCCAGUCCCCACUAUGGACUGCACCGCAGUGCAGUGCCUCCCACUGGAGACUGCCUGCAUUGAGGAGGGAGCCCCUAGUGGAGACAGAGGAACACUGCAGCACAGCAGCCCUGACACAGCCAGCUGCUGCCCUGUGUGUUUAAAGAAGGGGUGCAGGUGUCGGGGGUACCAGCUGUGGGACUGCAUUUCUGCAGGUUACACUGAGGGCACCGUCCCGGCCGGGGGGUCCUACCUGGUAGAUUCGGGGAGCACCGAAUGCAGCUGCCCCGCCAGGGUUGGGGGCGAGAUUGAAUGUCGUUUCCUUCCUUGUCCCGAGCUCCCCCCGAACUGCUUGGAAGUGUGGGACCCCCUGGAGGAACCCCAAAGUGUCCAGGGGGGCGUGGGGUGUCCGCAGUGUAAAAAGACGGGAUGUGUCAUUGAUGGCAGGGAGCUGGAAGAGGGGGAGUCCUUCGCAGUGCCUCCCUGCAAGGUGUGCUCCUGCCUGGGGAGUGGGGCGCUGCAGUGUACCCCAGAAAAAGACUGUGAGGGAUGGAAGGACGGUGCAGGGGCCACGAAGGGAAGUGGAGGCCCCCAGCCUGCCCUUUUGGGGGCCCCCACGCAGCCCAAGAAAAAGCUAAAACACUUGACUCAGCUUUCCCAGAGAGGGGCCCCCAGGAGCCCCCAGGGGGCGAAGCAUGCUGAAAAGCAGGAGAGGGCCGAGACUAUGGCCUCGCGGGGGGGCGCUCAGAUUUUAGGGGCCUUGCGGAGUGAAGCAGAGAAAGGACCUUGGGUGACGCAGGUAAGGGCCAGCAGGGUAAGCUGGCCCCUUAGGACGGACCAAGGGGCCACGCAGUUUGAUAGACAGGAGAGGGUCGAGUCCACAGAAUCACUUGGCCAAAAUGUGCGUUUAGGGGCCACGCACACCAGGAAUGGCAUAACGCAGCCAGGGGCCACACACAGGGUAAUUUGGCCCCUAAAGAUAGAUCAAAGGGCCACACAGACUGAAGAACAAGAACAGGAGGCUUCCAACAGAAUAGGGGACUCCGGGGUCUCAAACACUGGGGCCACAAGAAGGGGCCACUUUAGAAGCAGUACGAGGGCCACAGAGCAGCACAGUGGUAACAGGGUUGUCAGUGUUACUGUGGAGGGCCCUAGAUCAGUGACAGUAGGGGCCACAUUUAAAGUACAACACGGAGAGUCACAAUCAGGGGCAACGCCAUCUGAGAGAAAGGAAGCUGGGUCAGGGGCCUCCCAGGGGCCACAGACAGGGGCCACACACAGGAGGAGAAGGCCCCAGAUUAUGGGGAUAGUGGGGAGAAUAGGCGUGACAAGCAAGCCAGAGGAAAAACCAGGGGCCACGCACGUUUCGGGGGACACAGGUUUGCAGCAGAGAUCGUUUCCUGCAGCUCCGGGUUCGACACAGGUGCCCCAGACAAGUGGACAGGGGGCCACACUGCGGAGAGGAUCAAAGGAGGGGCCACACACAGUUCAACAGACUGGGAACCAGACAGUGAUGUCACAAUCCUCUCUCGACCCUUGCUGCGCAGAGGGACACCGAUUGGCUGCUGAGAACAGGAAGUGCACAGAGGCCCCGUCCACCGGCAAGGAAACAGACACCUGCAGGGUGACCCGAAUGUUCUGCUGUCUCACAGCAACGGAGGAAGGGGUGUGCCAGGCGGGCGUCACUGCUGCCAGACAAGGGGGUGGAGUCUGCCAGGGACAGCCAAUGGGAAGCUGUGCUGAUGACACUGCCAGACUCUGCUGUGAGUGCUGUGCUCUGGGUAUGAGAGCUCUCUCCCUCUCCCUGCCCUGCUCCCUCUCCCCCUCCGCUCCUCCUCUCCCCCUCUCCUGCACACACUCCUUCAUCACCUGCUGUGAGGGGGAGGGGCUGAGCCGCAGGGAGCCUCGAGGACCACAGGGGGCGCACAGGAGCACAGGGGCGCAGGAGGGACAAAGGGGGUCCAUUCCUGAUCGAUGUCAAGGUCUCUUGAACCCUUGUUCACAGUUCUGCACUGACACCGGCCAGUCCCUGCUCUGCUCCUGUUUCCCUGGUUACCAGCUCAACUCUGACCUCAAGAGCUGCAAAGAUAUUGAUGAGUGUAUCACAGGUCAGCACUCCUGCUCCCGGCUCCAACGCUGUAUAAACUCUCCGGGUUCGUUUCGCUGCAGUCUGGAAUCGGAGGUCUGUCCGCAGGGCUACGCUCCCAACCACAGGGGGCGCUGUUCAGAUACAAACGAGUGUGACACUGACCCUGCCCCCUGCACUCCUGGCUUCAACUGCGUCAACACCAUUGGCUCCUUCACCUGUCAUAGACACAUCAUCAGCUGUGGGCGGGGCUACCAUGCCAGUGAGGAUGGAACCCGAUGCACAGAUGUUGAUGAGUGUGUCACAGGUGUGCAUCGCUGUGCCGACAGUCAGAUUUGUACCAAUGCUCCAGGGACGUACCGCUGUCAGUGUGCGAGGGGAUACCAGGCUGAGCAGAACUCCCGGAGAUGUGAGGAUAUUGAUGAGUGUGCUCAGAACUCGGGACGGGUUUGCGCUCAGAACUGCCACAACACCCCCGGGUCCUACCACUGCCGCUGCGAGGGAGGGUACAGCCUGGCUGCAGACAACAGGAACUGUCAAGAUGUGAACGAGUGUGAGAGCUCCCCUUGCAGUCAGGAAUGUGCCAAUGUGUUUGGGUCGUACCACUGCUACUGCCAGAAAGGGUUUGUAUUGAACCAGAAGGACAAGACAACCUGUGAAGAUAUUGAUGAGUGCUCCCUUCACGGCUCCCCCUCUCUCUGCUCCUAUCGCUGUGUGAACUCUCCUGGCAGCUUCCACUGUGCCUGUCCUGAGCUCGGGUACGAGCUGGCCAGCAAUGGCAGAAACUGCAGAGAUCAGGAUGAAUGUGCUCUGGGGACCCACAACUGCACCUCACCCGAGAGCUGCUUCAAUAUCGAGGGGGGGUUCCGGUGCCUGUCAGUGCAGUGCCCCCCGGGGUACCUGAGAACAGAGGAGCAUGUGUGUGAGAGGGAGUCCUGCUCGCACUCAUCCUUCUCCUCCCAGCUGCAGUGCCAGUCUCUCCCACAGAGGGUCUCAUUCCACCAGCUCUCCUUCCCCUCGUCCCUGCGGACCCCCGUCCCCAUCUUCCGCAUCGCCCCGAGCCCCCCUGUGUUCUCGGGGGACCGCGUGGAGAUACGCAUCGUCGGGGGCAACGAGGAGGGUUUCUUCUCUGCGCGGAGCUCCGACCGGUACAGCGGCCUGGUCUCGGUGCUGGCCUCCCCCCCCUCAGUGCCGCGGGACUUCCUGCUGCUGGUGGAGAUGACCCUGCAGCGCCACGGAGCCCCCACCAGGUUCCAGGCACAACUGCGGGUGUUUGUCACCCCCCCGCCGCUGUAGAGAGGUGGGAUCGAGAGGAGAAUGAGUUUGUGGAAACGAGAGAUGUUUUUUGGUAAAAUUAUUUAUCAAAUGAUAGUGAGUUUGGGAGGCAGACAGACAGACAGACAGACACACACACACACACACACACACACACAAACAAACACACACACACACACACAGACAGACACGCACACAGACACACACACAGACACACACAGACAGACAGACACACACACACACAGACAGACACGCACACAGACACACACAGACACACACAGACAGACAGACACACACACACACAGACAGACAUGCACACAGACACACACACACACACACACACACACACACAGACACACACAGACACACACAGAGACACACACACACACACAGACAGACAGGAUCGUUUUUUUUAACCGUAUGUUUUUUGAUGUAUUUCUUUUUAAGUUUUGGAUGGAGGCUUUCAAAUGAUUUCAGAGAGAGAGAGACAGACCUGUUUUAAAAAACUGAAUUAUUUGGUAAUUUUUAUAUAUUAUAUAAGAAACUUCUGUAAGAAUUUGCUUGAAUAUCUUACAACUUUUAAUUUAGGAUGGGAGUGAAAUUCUUCAGCAAAGAAGAGGAGAGGAUGAAUGAGGGGAGAGUGAGUGUGGGGAGAUGAGAGGAGGAGAGGGAAAGACAGAGAGAAGUGAGGAGGGAAGAGAGUGAAGAGACCUGCUUGUCCAAUUGUGCUGAAACUUGCUGAGGCCCUUCUUGAGCAGCAGUUAUUGAGAGAAUACCUUUCUUUUGAUGUUUCAGCUGUGAUUUUGAAUAAGUGUCAGUGACAGGCUAUUUACAGUGUUGUGAAAGAUUGCAUUUUGUAUCUGAAUAUGUAUUUAUCAUGUGAAUAUUUGGUGUAAUUCUUUUUGAAUAUAUGCGAGCAGCUGUGGUCAAAAGUUUUGCAUCACCUAGAAUUUUAGGAUUGAGACAUAAUUAAAAAAAAAACACCUAUAUGAACAUCAUGUAAUCAAAUAAACUACAAAAUGAUAUCGCAAAAAAAGUCUACUGGAAGCCAUAAUAGUAGUACAGUAAUAUUUCAUGUUAGAUUUCGAAACGUCACAUUUUUCAAUUUGUUAGAUUUUCGUGAACUAGAUGGGGAAACUCGUCAUGUUAUUCAGCAGCUUUCAUUCCACUUCAUGAAGCACAAUCAGUUCAUUCUGCAUAGAGGGGAAUGGUAAACUUUUGCCCACAGCUGUAUGUGUAGGCUGUGGGAUCCUGUGCUACGAAUUUUCAAUGUGUUUGUUUAAUAUGCUUGUAUGUUAUUUUGUUGCAAUGCAGAUACUGUUUUCAUGGGAGUUGUAUAGCUGUUGUAAUCUAUGGGGGUUUUCAUGUGUUAAAAUUCAGAUUAUAAAAACAGAUCUUAGAAGCAAAAAAAAAAAACGAUUUGUAUUUUAUUGCAAGAAACAAAUAUACAAAAAGCACUUAAAUGUUUAAAAUACUUUCAUAAAGGAAACCACCAAAAAUCAGAACCCCUUUUAGUACAAAUUAGCUUUAUAAAAAUGGACUAUUUCUGUGUUUUAUACAGUUGUACAUGUACGUCCUCUUUUUGCCAGUAAUGAAAUUGUAUUUAUGGGUAUAUGUCUGCUCACUAAAGUACUGUAUAAAAGACUAAUAAUCAGAAUAAUAAUGGUUAAAAUAAUAAAAGUUUCCUUAAAGUUUGACGCUACAAUAUAAUUCCUUCUUGUCGGUGUCUGUGUUAGUGUAAUACAUUCUGUCAAUUUCAUUAAAGCUGCAGACAGACAGACAGACAGACAGACAGACAGACAGACAGUGCCCCACAAUCCUGUUCAGUGUGAUAAUUCCUUCUUGGUGUCUUUAAGUUUACUUCAGUAGUCUGUGAAUGGCAUUAAUUUGUACUCACGGUAUUCUUUUUGGGCUGUCCAGUUUGUUUACAUUCCCUAGUAUUUUAGGUCUUUAACCCUGUGCUGCCUUCGGAAAAUGUGCAUAUCUGGUUGUGAAUAUGAACACUUUGUGUUUAAUUGCUUUUAGCUUUUAAACCGUAAAUCAGAAAUUAAAACCCAAUACAAACAAUUCUGAUUAAAACAUC